GUAAAAGAUUGAUUUGAAGGGGUGUGACUGGCGGCUCUUGACUCGAUGAGUUUCCACCGAAAUGUCGGAGAAGUCAGGCCAGAGCACGAAAGCAAAGGACGGGAAGAAGUAUGCGACACUCAGUUUAUUUAAUACGUACAAGGGGAAGUCGCUGGAGACCCAGAAGACCACAGUUGCAGCUCGCCAUGGACUGCAGAGUCUUGGGAAAGUGGGUAUCUCGCGGCGAAUGCCUCCCCCCGCCAACCUGCCCAGCCUCAAAGCAGAGAACAAAGGCAACGACCCCAACGUGAACAUUGUCCCCAAAGAUGGCACUGGCUGGGCAUCAAAGCAGGAGCAGCAUGAAGAGGAAAAAACACCAGAAGCUCCACCAGCACAGCCAAAACCCGGGGCUCCAGCGCCCCCAGAAGUAGCACCUGCUCCCAAAUCCUGGGCCAGUAACAAGCAAGGUGGGCAAGGCGAUGGCAUCCAGGUGAACAGCCACUUUCAGCAAGAAUUCCCCAGCCUCCAGGCAGCCGGGGACCAGGAGAAGAAAGAGAAAGACGCGAGCGACGACAGCUAUGGGCCUGGCCCCAGCCUGCGGCCUCCAAAUGUCUCCUGCUGGCGAGACGGCGGGAAGGCCGCUGGCUCGGCGUCUGACCAAGAGGAAAAAGCCCCCGGCUCGGAGGAGAGCCCCGCCGCGAGCUCGGAGCAGAGCGACAUCCUGCGCGUGGUGGAGAAGCGCAUCGCCUGCGGGCCCCCACAGGCCAAGCUCAAUGGCCAGCAAGGCCUGGGCGCCCGCGCCGGGAUGCCGCCCUACGGGAACCUGAUGUUCCAGCAAUACCCGAAGAUGGCGUACCCUCCUCUCCAUGGUCCCAUGAGGUUUCCGCCUUCUCUCUCUGACUCCAACAAAGGCAUUCGGGGCCGGGGCCCGCCCCCGUCCUGGGCCGCGGAGCCGGAGCGCCCGUCCAUCCUCAGCGCCUCGGAGCUCAAAGAGCUGGACAAGUUCGACAACCUGGACGCCGAGGCCGACGAGGGCUGGGCAGGGGCGCAGAUGGAGGUGGAUUACACGGAGCAGCUGAAUUUCAGCGACGACGACGAGCAGGGCAGUAGCAGCCCGAAGGAGAGCGGCAGCGAGGAUCAAGUUCCAAAAGCCGAAGAAAGCAACGAAAACCGCAAAGAGACGGAUGAUGCCGGCAGCGCGAAGUCAACGCAGGCACCCGCCCAGCCUUCGGCGACCAAGGCGCCCUACGGGAAAGGCCCCGCUUUCACUCAGGAGCGGGGACCGUCUUCACACCUGCCUCCGCCUCCGAAGUUGCUGGCACAGCAGCACCCUCCCCCGCCAGACCGGCAGGCCGGCCCUGGGCGACCGGGCCCCUUGCCCCCCCGGCAGCCGGUCCCCGACGAGGACGAGAUCUGGAAGCAGCGGAGGAGGCAGCAGUCGGAGCUGUCGGCCGCCGUGGAGCGCGCUCGGAAGCGCCGCGAGGAGGAGGAGCGGAGGAUGGAGGAGCAGAGGAAGGCGGCGUGUGCCGAGAAGCUGAAGCGGCUGGACGAGAAGCUGGGCAUCGUGGACAGGCAGCAGCAGCAGCAGCAGCCGCCGCCCCCACCCCCGCCGCCCCCGCCCCCGCCGCCUCCGGAGGGGCCCCGAGACAGGGAGCCCGAGAGGCAGCGGGAGAAGGAGGAGCAGCUCGAGAAGGAGCCGGAGAAGCCCCGGGAGGCAGAGAAGGAGAAGAGGCAAGAGAAGGAGAAGGAGCUGGAGCAGCCGCCGGACCAGGAGAAGGAGCCGCCGAAGCCCAAAGACCCGGAGAAGGAGGCGGAGCCGGAGAGGGACAGGGACGGGGACCAGGCGCAGGAGAAGACGGAGCCCGAGGAGCCGCCCGCAGAGCCUGCGGCGGAGAAACCCGAAAGUGACGGCAGCGCCAAGAAAGAGGAUGGCCCUGUUGUCGCCAGACAGGACAGUCGCGGAGAGAAGGAGACCCCGCCGGUGGCCCACGAGGCGGAACCGGAACCGGGGGCCCAGCCUCGGCCCGCUGUGCUGUCGGGUUACUUCAAACAGUUCCAGAAGUCGCUGCCGCCUCGCUUCCAGAGGCAGCAGGAGCAGCUGAAGCAGCAGCAGCAGCGGCAGCAGCAGCAGGGGGUGCCCUCCCCGCCGUCGGGGGGCGCCGUGCCCCCGCCCACACACCGGCCCCUGUACCAGCCCAUGCAGCCCCACCCCCCGCACCUGGCCUCCAUGGGCUUCGACCCCCGGUGGCUCAUGAUGCAGUCGUACAUGGACCCGCGGGUGAUGUCCGGGAGGCCCGCCAUGGACAUGCCGCCCCUCCACCCCGGUAUGAUUCCGCAGAAGCCCUUGCUGCGCCGGGAUCAGCUGGAAGGCGCGCCGGGCGGCUCCGAGUCCUUUGAACACAUGGCUCGCUCAGCGCGGGACCGAGCCGUGUCGCUCUCGGAGGCGCGGGUGGCGUGGGGCGCUGAGCCCUACCCUCACGCCGAGACCCAGCCGGCCGCCGCCCCCAAGGCCCCGGAGGAAGCCCAGGAGGGAAGGCCUGAAGCUGCACCCGAGCAGGACCAGAUGGCCGCGGCAUACCCCGUUGCUCACGGGCAGGCGGAGGCCCCGCCGAAAGCCGAGGGUGCCCGCGAGCCCGGCCAGCCGCACGCCCCUGAGCCUGCUGGCAGAGCCGUGGAAGAGGCGCGGGCCCCCGUCGCCGAGCCCGCCGGCCCCGAUGCAGCCGACCCCAAGGCGCUUCCCGCCCCCGAAGAGCGGGCCCCGGCCCCCGAGAGCCAGCCCACCCGCAAGAGGAGCGUUUCCCACGGGCCCAGCCCGGCGCAGCGGCCCGAGGAGCCACGCGGGGAGCUGCCAGCGGGCGCCCCCAAGGCCCCAGGCCGAGAGCCCACGGAGCGGCCGGACGAGAGGCCGAGGAAGGACGGCUACCCGCGAGCGGCCGAGGGCCCGAAGCCCGAGAAGCCGUACAAGCCCAAGGCGGAGACGCGCUGGGGCCCGCGGCCGGGUGCCAGCCGGCGGGACGAAGGCGGCGACAGGCCCGUGCGGCGCUCGGGGCCCAUCAAGAAGCCGGUGCUGCGGGACAUGAAGGAGGAGCGGGAGCAGCGUCGGGAGAAGGACGGGGAGCGGCCCGACAGGGGCCCGGAGAAGGCCGCCCGGCCCGAGAAGCCCGAGAGGAAGGAGCCGCUGCCCGCCGGCCCGCCUCCUGAGCCCGAGAAGGUGCCCGCUCCCGAGCCCGCCCCCGCCGCCCCCAAGCCCCCUCCGGAGCCCGAGAAGCCCCCGGAGACCCCGAGCACGGUUGAGGCCGAGCCUGCGGCCAAAAGCGGGAGCCAGCCGGCGGCCGCGGCCACGGCCACGGUCACGGCCACGGCGGCCAAGGAAGAGAAACCCGCCGAGAAAGCGGGCGGCAAGGAACCGACGGCAGAGCGGCUGCGGCCCGAGUCCCGGCCGGUGCUGCGGAAGGACGCGACGCUGCCCCCGCGCACCUACUGGAAGGACGCCCGCGACAGGGAGUGGUCCCCCGACCAGGGCUACCGGGGCCGCGGGCGCGGCGAGUACUACUCCAGGGGCCGCAGCUACCGGGGCUCCUACGGGGGCCGCGGCCGGGGGGGCCGGGGCCACCCCCGGGAGUUCCCCCCGUACCGCGACCACAAGCCCCGGCCCGAGCCCGGCCCCCCGGGCCCCCUGCGGCCGCGGGAGGAGAGCGAGACGCGCAGCGAGAGCUCCGACUUUGAGGUGGUCCCCAAGAGGCGGCGCCAGCGCGGGUCCGAGACGGACACGGACAGCGAGGUCCCCGAGAGCGCCAGCGACAGGGACAGCUCGGGCAAGGGCAAGGCGCCCCGCCGCGAGGAGCGGCCCGAGGGCCGGAAGCCCGCCAAGCCCCCGGCCGCCUUCAAGCCCGACGGCCACGCCCGCGUCGAGGGCCGGCCGCCCGACAAGCCCUUCCCUGGCGUGCGCGACGAGGACAAGGCCAAGCCCGGCUUCCUGCCCAAGGGGGAGCCCACGCGAAGGGGCCGCGGUGGCACCUUCCGGAGGGGCGGCCGCGACCCCACUGGCCGCCCCACGCGCCCGGGCCCCCUGCGCCGGCCCGCCUACCGCGAUGGCCAGUGGACCCCCAGGCCGGCCGAGGGCCCGAAGCCGGAGGACGGGGACCCGCCCCGCCGGCACGAGCACUUCCUGCCCCUGCCCGCCGACAAGCGGCCCCCCAAGUUUGAGCGGAAGUUCGACCCGACCCGAGAGCGGCCCCGACGGCAGCGGCCCACCCGGCCCCCGCGGCAGGACAAGCCCCCGCGCUUCCGGCGGCUGCGGGAGAGGGAGGCGGCCGCCAAGCCCGGGGAGGCCCCCGUGCCCUCCAGCGGCCCCCCUGGCACGGCUGCCCCGGAGCCGGCCAGCGCCACUGCCACCUCCGGGGAGGCCUCCGGGACCAAGACACCCGACCUGUCCAACCAGAACUCGUCGGACCAGGCCAACGAGGAGUGGGAGACGGCCUCCGAGAGCAGCGACUUCAACGAGCGGCGGGAGCGGGACGAGAAGAAAAACGCCGACCUGAGCGCGCAGGCAGCGGCCAAGGCCGGGGAGAGCGCGCUGACCGCCAAGCGGGAGCUGGCCAAGAGGAGCUUCUCCAGCCAGAGGCCCGGCGCCGACCGCCAGAACCGCCGAGGCAACGGUGGCCCGCCCAAGGCCGCUCGCAACUUCUCGGGCCCCCGAAACGAGAGGAGGAGCGGGCCGCCGCCCAGGGCCGGGAAGCGAGGGCCUUCGGACGACCAGCCUGCGGGCGCCCCCCCUGCCGACCCCGCCAACGGCACCCCCUCUGCACACCACCAGGAAGGGGUCCCCAACGGUACGGGGCAGAAGAGCGCCAAGGAGUCUGCAGGGAAGAAGAGGGAGGACCCCAAGCCCGGCCCCAAGAAGCCCAAGGAGAAAGUGGAUGCCCUGUCGCAGUUUGAUCUCAACAACUAUGCGAGCGUCGUGAUCAUUGACGACCACCCUGAAGUCACGGUCGUCGAAGACCCCCAGUCCAAUCUGAACGAUGACGGCUUCACGGAAGUGGUGUCCAAAAAACAGCAGAAACGCCUCCAGGAUGAGGAACGCCGGAAGAAGGAGGAACAGAUCGUGCAGGUGUGGAACAAGAAGAACGCAAGCGAAAAAGGGAGAAGUCAGACGUCGAAGCUGCCGCCGCGAUUUGCCAAGAAACAGGCGACGGGGAGUCAGCCGGGGCCGCCCGCAGCCCCUGUCCCGGCCCCGGCGUCCGGCCCCUCAGCGGCCCCACUGCCCGCCGCGGCCUCCCCUGCGUCCCCCGCGCCCCCGGCCACCUCGGCCACGGCCCCCACCAUCGCUUCCGUGCCGGCUCCGACCCCCGCCCUGGCGGCGGCCUCCCCGCCGGCCCCUGUGCCCAUCUUGGCCGCGGCCUCAAUGCCCGUCCUCGCGUCCGCCCUGGCACCGACGUCCACUUCGGCCCCCACCGGCUCGGCCCCGGCCGCCCCGGCCCCCUCGGCCCCGGCCGCCGCCCCCUCCACGGCGCUGGCCCCCGCUGCAAUCCCCAUGCCCGCGCCCAGCCCCAGCCCGGCCCCCGCAGCCGCCCCCGCUCAGGGCCAGGUGCACAAGCCCGUGCAGGCCUCGCUGCCGGCCGCCACGCAGCCCCCCAAGCCACCGCCGCCCUCCAUUCGGCUGCCGGCCGCCCAGGCCCCCAACGGCACGGAGUUCGCGGCCGCGGGAAAGCCCCUCCAGACCCCUCAGGCUCACGGCACUCUCGCCGCCGAGCUGUGGGACAGCAAGGUGGCCCCCACGGCUGUGCUGAACGACAUCUCCAAGAAAUUAGGUCCCAUCAGCCCACCCCAAGCCCCUUCAGCCAGUGCCUGGAACAAGCCCCUGACGUCCUUCGCCUCGGCUGCGUCUACAGAGGGAACAAAGACCGGUCAAGAAAGUGGUGUCGAAAUCGGAAUCGACACGAUUCAGUUCGGUGCGCCCGCCUCAAACGGGAACGAAAACGAAAUGGUUCCUGUGCUUUCGGAGAAGAGCUCGGACAAGAUCCCCGAGCCUAAAGAGCAGCGGCAGAAGCAGCCCCGGGCGGGCCCCAUCAAAGCCCAGAAGCUUCCGGACCUGAGUCCCGUGGAGAACAAGGAGCAUAAGCCUGGCCCCAUCGGCAAGGAGCGCUCGCUGAAGAACCGGAAAGCGAAGGACACGCAGCCGGCCGAGCCGGAAGGGCAGGAGAAGCCCAGCCCGGCUCCCGCCCGCAGCUCGGACCCGGCGAUGACGAAAGAAACCAAAGCCGUCCCCGAGAUGCCCACGGAGCUGGGGACCAUGAUCGCCGUUCCCGCUGCCGACUACGGCACCAGCGCCAAGGAGUCUGUAACCGACUAUACCAUCCCUUCCUCUUCUCUGCCUAACACUGUGGCCACUAAUAAUGCAAAGAUGGAAGAGACUUUGGUUACCAAUAUGGAGUCGGCGCGCAAGGCCUGGGAGAACUCUCCCAACGUGCGGGACAAGGGCUCCCCCGUGACGUCCACGGCGCCGCCCAUCGCCAGCGGGGCCAGCAGCAGCGCCAGUGGGCCCAGCCCCGGCAGCUACAGCUCCUUCUCCAGCGCCUCAGUGCCCCCGAUUCCCGUGGCCUCCGUCACGCCCACCGCGUCUCUCUCAGGAGCCGGCACCUACACUACCUCUUCCCUGAGCACCAAGUCGACGAGCACGUCGGACCCGCCCAACAUCUGCAAGGUGAAGCCGCAGCAGCUGCAAAGCGGCAGCCUGCCCUCCGCCAGCCACUUCGCCCAGCUGGGCUGCGUGCCCCCCCUGCUCCCCCAGCAGCAGCAGGCGCCGCAGGUCUACGUGCCGCAGUCGGCUGCCCCAGCUCAGAUCCCCGCCUUCUACAUCAGCGACACAAGUCACUUGUUCAACACGCAGCACGCCCGCCUGGCGCCGCCGUCCCUGGCCCAGCAGCAGGGCUUCCAGCCCGGCCUCUCGCAGCCGGCGUCCGUGCAGCAGAUCCCCAUUCCCAUCUACGCGCCACUGCAGGGUCAGACCCAGCUGAGCCUGGGGGCCGGCCCCGCCGUCUCGCAGGCUCAGGAGUUGUUCAGCUCUUCACUGCAGCCUUACAGGUCGCAGCCGGCCUUCAUGCAGAGCGGCCUCUCGCAGCCGUCCGUGGUCCUAUCCGGCACGGCCAUGCACAGCUUCCCGGCCGUCCAGCACCAGGAGCUGGCCAAGGCCCCAGCGGGCCUCGCCUUUCAGCAGACGUCCAGCACUCAGCCCAUCCCCAUCCUGUACGAACACCAGCUGGGCCAGGCUUCCGGGCUCGGGGGGUCCCAGCUGAUCGACACGCACCUUCUCCAGGCGAGAGCGAAUCUCACCCAGGCCUCCACGCUCUACUCGGGGCAAGUCCAGCAGCCUGGCCAGACCAACUUCUACAACACUGCCCAGUCGCCCAGUGCUCUGCAGCAGGUCACGGUGCCGUUGCCCGCGUCCCAGCUCUCCCUGCCGAGCUUCGGCUCCACGGGGCAGCCCCUGAUCGCGCUGCAGCAGACCAUGCAGCCGCCGCUCCAGCACGGCCCACCCGCCCAGGCCCAGGGUGUGAGCCGGCCGGCCCCCGUGAGCCAGCCCUUCCGGGGGCUCAUCCCUGCGGGCCCGCAGCACAGCAUGAUGGCCACAGGCAAGAUGUCCGAGAUGGACCUGAAGGCCUUCGGGAGCGGCAUGGACAUGAAGCCGGGCACGCCACCCAUCAGCGGCCGGAGCAGCGCCGCCGCCGCCAGCCCCUUCCGGGCUACUUCCACAAGUCCGAACAGCCAGUCCGGCAAAAUGAGCGGCCUUGUCUAUCAGAAGCAGUUCCAGUCAGCCCCCGCCACUGUGAGAAUGACCCAGCCAUUUCCUACACAGUUUGCACCCCAGAUUCUCUCUCAGCCUAACCUGGUCCCUCCAUUGGUAAGAGCCCCACAUACUAACACCUUCCCAGCGCCUGUGCAGCGGCCGCCAAUGGCCCUGGCCAGUCCGAUGGCUCCUCCGCUCGCCACAGGCCCCCUGAGUCAUGCUCGCUUGCCACUCGCAGCCAGGGGCCCCUGCGGGUCCCUCCCUGGCGCCCGAGGGGAUCCGGCCCAGGCUGCGUUGAAGGCUGAACAGGACAUGAAGGCCAAGCAGAGAGCAGAGGUUCUUCAGUCCACGCAGCGCUUCUUCUCCGAGCAGCAGAGCAAACAGAUAGGAGGCAAAGGCCCCAAGGUGGACAGUGACCCCGGCAAGGCCCCGGACGCUCUGGCCGACCCCCCCGGGGGGGGCCCCGACCAGGCGGAGGAGAAGCCGCCGCCCGCGCCCACCAUCGCCCCGAAGCCCGUGCGGACUGGACCCAUCAAGCCUCAGGCCAUCAAGACCGAGGACCCGAAAUCCUAAGGGGGGGGCGCGGGCAGGGCAGCGGGCCGGCGCGGAGGACACUGACCGCCCGCCCCCCCCUCGAGCGCAGGUCCCUGUUCAUCGAACCCCGAGCCCAGAGCGGGGGCGGGGGGGGCAGAGGCGCUGCAGGAGCCGGGCCUGUCCGCCCGGGGCGGCCGGUGCUGGGGGACAGCGCCCUGGUCUCGGGGUAGCGGCUGGCGUGGCACCCGGCCACCGCGCGCGGCCGCUGUCCCUCCCCAAGUCCCCAAGUCAUCGCCGAGUGGCCGGUGCUCGGGCCUCCCCCUCGCGGCCGUCUCGGUCAGCCCAGUGGUCGGGCUUUUGUGUGCCCCCUUUACCUUUUUUCUUUUGAAGAAGAAGGAAAGAAAAACACCAACGGUUUUUAGCUGAUGGGCGCGGCGAGCCGCCCUGUUGCAUGGGGCACGUUCCCCGGGCGCGUGGAAUCACGUCUCCAGUAAUGCCUGGGAACCCUGGCCGCAGGCCGUGCCGUCCACCCCCAUCAAGUGUCCCAUGGGCCUGCGCGUCCCCCCCCUUCCCCCCGCCCCGUGUCGUCACCGUGCUGUAUCAGAGCUCUUUGUAAUGACGUUAUUCUAGAAUGUUUCCUUUGCAGAUGAUGGUCGAGAUGCUGAUAGACAAAAAAAAAAAAAUUGGUGCCAGGUACCACCACAGUGACGGGACUUUGCUGUUUUCUGGGGUUUUGUUUUUUACUUUUUUUUUCCCCCUUUUUUUUUUAAAUGGAGUGUGCUGAUGUCUCUUAAUUUGUUCAGAUGACUGCAGAACUUGGAAACGCUGUUGCUGCUAUUGAUGCGUGACUUCCUGCUAUCGGUCUUUUUUAUAUAAAUAUAAAUAUAUAUAUAUAUAUACAUAUAUAUAUAAUUUGAAUUUUUGGAAACUUGAGCUGUGCCGUCAACUUUGGAAAAAAGUCUCCCAGUCUACCGUCUCGGGUUGGCAUUGUACAGAAAUUCACAGCCAUAUUGGUCUAGAAACGGGGAACAUCUCUCUCUCUUUCCAUUUGUACAGGGGUAAAAACGCACUGUAUUAAAUAUGUAAGGUCUUAUCUACGUGGGUUUGAUUACAGAAACUAAUAAAGUAUUCUCUAAAUAACGCA